UUCCGGUUAUGUAUUGAGCAGCGUCCAUUGCUGCCUAGGCUGUCCAAUCGGUGCUGUUCAAGUUUCGCGUAGAAGAAGAAGAUGGCUGCGUGAAAUCGACGAAAGAUUGAGGAGAGCAUUGCAUCAGUGGAAACAAUCGCUGUUUCGUUUGAGGACGAUUUAUUCGAUAAUCCAUUUAGAGUUGCAUUGAACUAUCAAAAUGACGGCGAUACCCGGAACGAUGGCGUUCGACGAAUUCGGCCGGCCCUUUAUCAUUCUGCGAAACCAAGAGAAGCAGCAACGCCUCACCGGUCACGAUGCGAUCAAGUCACAUAUUAUGGCAGCACGUAAUGUGGCUAAUAUACUUAGAACAUCCUUGGGACCUAAGGGAUUGGAUAAAAUGAUGAUAAGCUCUGAUGGAGAUGUCACUGUUACCAACGAUGGUGCUACAAUCCUGAAGAAUAUGGAUGUAGAUCACGAAAUUGCCAAGCUUAUGGUUCAGCUAUCAAAAUCUCAGGAUGAUGAAAUUGGAGAUGGUACUACUGGAGUAGUUGUUCUAGCUGGUGCGCUUCUGGAACAAGCCGAACAAUUAUUAGACAAGGGAAUUCAUCCAAUUAGAAUAGCUGAUGGUUUUGAGUUAGCAGCGAGAUGUUCUACUGAACAUCUGAAGACAAUAACGGAUGAUUUUAAAGGAACUCCAGAAAAUUUGGAGCCUUAUAUCAACAUUGCUAUGACAUCACUUGGUUCAAAGAUCAUUAACAAGCAUCAUAGACAGAUGGCAGAAAUUGCUGUACAAGCUGUAUUGGCAGUAAUGGAUCCUGCUACUCGUGAUGUUAAUUUUGAACUAAUCAAGAUAGAAGGAAAAGUCGGUGGUAGAUUGGAAGAUACUGUCUUGGUACGUGGUGUCGUUGUCGACAAAGACUUCAGUCAUCCACAGAUGCCAAAGAGAUUAGAAAACGUUAAACUGGCUAUCCUAACAUGCCCCUUUGAACCGCCGAAACCCAAAACAAAGCAUAAGUUGGACGUCACGUCGGUCGAGGAUUACAGAGCUUUGCGCGAUUACGAGCGUGAAAAAUUCACAGAAAUGGUGAAGCAGGUCAAAGAUGCCGGUACGACACUGGCUAUUUGUCAAUGGGGUUUCGAUGAUGAAGCAAAUCAUCUUCUAUUACAAAACAAUUUGCCUGCGAUUAGAUGGGUCGGCGGCCCGGAGAUCGAACUUAUCGCCAUUGCAACUGGUGGACGCAUUGUACCUCGCUUCGAGGAAUUGACACCGGAGAAACUUGGUCAUGCUGGUGUGGUCAGGGAAUUAACGUUCGGGACGACAAAGGAUCGAAUGUUAGUCAUCGAGGAAUGCAAGAAUUCUCGCGCCGUGACAAUUUUUAUUCGCGGUGGCAACAAAAUGAUUAUUGAAGAAGCGAAACGGUCGAUACAUGACGCAUUGUGUACCGUGCGCAAUGUAGUCAAGGACAACAAAAUUUUGUACGGCGGAGGCGCAGCGGAAAUAUCCUGUGCGUUGGCAUGCGCGGCGCAAGCUGAUAAAAUCAGCACCUUGGAACAAUAUGCCUUCCGUGCCUUCGCUGAAGCUCUGGAGAGUGUUCCCAUGGCACUCGCGGAGAAUGCUGGUCUUUCUCCAGUGGAUACCAUAUCGGAGAUUAAAGCGCGUCAAUUGGCUGAGAAGAAUCCCGCUCUUGGUAUCGAUUGCUUAAAUCGAGGCACUGCGAAUAUGAAGAGACAGAACGUCAUCGAAACUCUGACGAGCAAGACACAACAAAUUUUGUUGGCUACGCAGCUGGUUAAGAUGAUAUUGAAAAUUGAUGAUAUACGUUCGCCUAAUGAUUUUGGCGACAUAUCCUAAAUUAAUUAAUUCAUUAAUAAAUCUUCAUAAUUAAUUAAAACAUAACAAGUUUAAUUCUUAUUACAUAUUCUUCGUUAUACUAAAUAUUUAAUUUCUAUUUGCUACUCUUGACAUCGUUUUUACAUACUGCAUUCGCAUUUGUAAUAAGGAGUCUAUUCUGUAACUUUUAACGAUGUCGUUAUGUGUCAUUGCGCAACCAAAACAGCGCAAUGACAUCAAACAGUAUCGUUAAAAGUUACAAAAUAGGCUCCUUAAUAACAUGAAUUUCAAUUGCUUAAAUUAAGUACUGUUUUUCAUCAAUUUGUUAUAACGUCAUAAUUUAUACAAUCAUAACGUCUACAUACUGCAUUUAAAUUUGUAAUGAUAUGAAUUUUAUUUACUUAAAUCAGAUCACUAUUUUUUGUCGUUUAAUAUAACGUCAUAAUUUAUACAAUAAAAGAUUAUGAUAUAUUAUCUGAUUUUUGUACCAGUGUGAUAACAUUAAUAUAUGACAGCAUCUAAUUUAGAGAA